CCGUUGGAAGCUCCUCUGGCCCCGGAUGGGCUCCCUCUGGCUCCUGCUGGCGGGGGCCGCCUGGGCACCUCCACCCACCCUCCCAGACCCUAAGUUUGGGAGCAAAGGUAAGGAUGCAGCUCUGUGUGGACACCCACACUAAAGCCUGAAGGACAAUUCUUGGGGCCUGAACUCCCAGCCUGGAUCCUGGGGACCGUACCCGGAGGGGGCAGAGCCGGCAUCUGAACCUCAAGAAAUGGGUCCUCGUCGGGUAUGCUGGGGUCAUAGCCGGCAUCUAACUGGAUCGUGGGGGGCAGAGCCGGCAUCUGAACCCCAAGAAAUGGGUCCUCGUCGGGUAUGCUGGGGUCUAAAUCUCCUCCUGGAGAAGCUAGAGAGGGGCUUAAAGUUCCUCUUUUAAUCCUUUCAGAGGGUCUGGGACCUACUAAAUCCUAACAGAGCACGCAUGGGGCUCAUGUCCCUGAGGAGAUGGGAUCUAGCAGACCCUCCAAUGAGAGGAUAAAGCCAGGGUCCCAGUUAGAGGGGUCGGGCAUAAAGUGACUUAUAAACACGGUUUGUAUGCGUCCCCAGAUGCCUUGCUUCGCUCUGUGGAGGAAGGGAGCAGAACACGGUUGGCGCUAUCGGGUGGCUGGGAGCCUGCUGGGGCGGAUAGGGGGCACGCCUCCUCUGCGCACACCCCUGGGAGUGCCUGUCCAGGGCUGGGGCGGGGCUAGCACCCCGACUCCAAGGUCCUGAGGGCUGCGCCCAGCUCAGCCCGCCGCGGGGUGGGAGUGUGUGUCGGCCUUGCUGGCUACCCGCAGGCCCGAAGAGCUUCUGUGCUUCACCGAGCGGUUGGAGGACUUGGUGUGCUUCUGGGAGGAAGUUGCAAGCGCUGGGGUGGGCCCCAACAACUACAGUUUCUCCUACCAGGUCGAAGGUGAGCCAUGGAAGCCGUGUCGCCUGCACCAGGCGCCCACGGGUGGUGGCAUGGUGCGCUUCUGGUGCUCGCUGCCUACGGCAGACACGUCGAGCUUCGUGCCCCUGGAGUUGCUCGUCACAGCAGCCUCCUCGGUCACUCCGCGCUAUCGCCGUACCAUCCAUGUCAAUGAAGUGGUGCUCCUGGACGCCCCCGUGGGACUGCUAGCGCGGCUGGCCGCCGAGGGCGGCCACGUGGUGCUGCGCUGGCUCCCGCCGCCUGGGGCACCUAUGACAACCCACAUCCGCUACGAGGUGGACGUCUCCGCUGGCAAAGGCGCUGGGGGUGCUCAGAGGGUCGAGAUUCUGGAAGGCCGCACUGAGUGCGUGUUGAGCAACCUGCGGGGCCAGACACGCUAUACCUUCGCUGUCCGUGCGCGCAUGGCCGAACCGACAUUCGGGGGCUUCUGGAGCGCCUGGUCAGAGCCUGCGUCGCUGCUGACAGCUAGUGACCUGGACCCCCUCAUCCUGACUCUCUCGCUCAUCCUCGUACUCAUCCUGCUGCUGCUGGCCGUGCUCGCCCUGCGCUCACACCACCGGGCUCUGAAGCAGAAGUUCUGGCCUGGUAUCCCAAGCCCCGAAAGUGAGUUUGAGGGCCUCUUCACCACCCACAAGGGUAACUUCCAGCUGUGGCUGUAUCAGAAUGAUGGCUGCGUGUGGUGGAGUCCCUGCACCCCCUUUACAGAGGAUCCACCUGCCCCCUUGGAAAUCCUCUCUGAGCGGUCCUGGGGGGUGACACAGGCAGUGGAGCCAGGGGCAGACGAUGAGGGGCUCCUGCUGAAGCAUGUGGGCAGUAAGCAUGCCCACGACACCUACCUGGUACUGGACAAGUGGCUGCUGCCGCAGACCCCACCCAGUGAAGACCUCCCAGGUCCUGGUGCCAGUGUGGACACGGUAGCCAUGGAUGAAGGCUCAGAAGCAUCCUCCUGCUCAUCUGCCUUGGCCUUAAAGCCCAACCCUGAAGGGGCCUCAGCUGCCAGCUUUGAGUAUACCAUCCUGGACCCUAGCUCUCAGCUUUUGCGCCCUCGGGUACUGCCCUCUGAGCUGCCCCCCAGCCCACCCCACCUAAAGUACCUGUAUCUUGUGGUGUCUGACUCUGGCAUCUCAACUGACUACAGCUCAGGGAGCUCCCAGGGAGUACAAGGGGACUCAUUGGAUGGCUCCUGCUCUAAUCCUUAUGAGAACAGCCUUGUUUCAGCCCCUGAGGCUCUACACCCUGGCUAUGUGACCUGCUCUUAGGACACCAGCAUGCAGACCAUUGGGUAUUAAAUAUGACCCUAAGUGCCAGUGCAAGCUCAAGACUUACUGAACAUGACAGCAAGGCCUCCCUCAGGGCUAGAGCCCUGUUCAAGUAGUCACAAACUUGCAGUAUUUAUAAAUAUGUAUAGUUUCUAAAGAAAAAAAAUACACACACACGCGUAUAUGUAAGUUUUUUUUUUAACCAGUACUUCUAUCUACCCCCCACCCCAUCCCCGCCCAGUUUUUGGACAGGGACAGGUUUAAACCCACCACCUCCAAUAUAUGGGGCUGGUGCUCUACUCCUUGAGCCACAGACACCACCCUCUACCAUUACUUCUAUAAAUACCCUUUUAGCUCCACCUUUCCCUGGGCCUAGGCCAUAGGACAGCAGUUAAAGUCAUUGAGCUCAGUCUAAAUACUAAACUGCAAUCUAAAUACUAAACAGUAAUAAAGUAAACUAAUCUAUGUAAAUUACAAUAGCUGCCAUAACAAAUAGCCCUAAAUGUUAGUGGCUUAAGACAUUAAGUAGUCUCCCUCUCUCUCAUCUCAAGUCAAACAGAUGGGCAGCCAUCUCUGAGAUGAGUCAGAGAUCCAGAUUCUUCCAGUCUGUAGCUACAUCUUCCUUUAAGGUCACCUUGGCAUCCUUAGAUGAAACUUCUACAUUCUGCCAGUCAACAAGCAAAGAGAAAACAAAUAUUCCACAGGCCAUUUUAGGGAUUUGGCCUAGAAAUGGUUUUUAUCACUUUUUCUCAAAUUUCAUUGGCCAGAAAGUCACAUGACCCCACCUAGCAUCAUGAAAGCCUGGGAAAUGUCAUUUACUUGUACACCCAGGGAAAAGAAAGCUAGUCUCUAGCUAGUCUUUGCCACUAAUAACAAUUCAUAGGGCAUUACUCUGAUUCAGAUCGUUUAAAGUAAACACUCUGAUGACACUGAGUGUCAUCAAGUGACUGAGUGGGAAUUCUAGCUUAAACUACUUUGAAAAAGUAUGGCAUAUGGACAGACGUGUGGCUUAUACCUGUAAUCUCAGUACUUUGGGAGGCCAAGCCCAGAGGAUUACUUAAGGUCACAGUAAGUUCAAGAUCAGGCUAAGCAAUAUAGCAAGACCCUAUCUCUACAAAAAACUAAAAAUAAAAUUAGCCAGGCAUAGUGGUGCACACCCAUAAUCCCAGCUACUUGAGAUGCUAAGGCAGAAGGAUUAUCCAAGCUCAUGAGUUCAAGGCUACAGUGAACUGUAGGUCCCUGCAGUUAUAAUUAGGUCCCUGCACUACAGCCUGGGGGACAGAGGAAGACCCUGUCUCCACUACUCCCGGCAAAAGUUUGGCAUAACCUAAGAAAGCUGAACAUACGCAUGCCU